UCAACACACUAAUAACUAUUAACACAAUAUGGAAAAAGAGUUCACAUUUUAUCGCAAAAAAAUAUUACCAACCACAAUACCAAUACAACCUGGUAAAAAAAUAGAGUUAUCUAGCCUUGAUCUUCUCAUGGAAAAUCAUCAUCUUAAAAUGGUUUUUUACUAUAAAACUCCAACGGUUUUACCGAUUGGAACAUUAACUACUAAACUUAGGAUACUUUUUGCGGAAGUUAUUUCGUAUUUUCCAGUAAUUACAGGAAGAUUAAUAAGAAACAAUGAUGGAAAAUGGAUGAUUAAAUGUAAUGAUGCAGGAAUUAGAAUUGUUGAAGCUAUUGCUAAAGGGAGUGUCGAGACUUGGUUGCAAAAUGUUGAUGCUGAGAAAGAAAAGAAGCUUAUUCAUUGGGAAGAUAUGUAUCAUAUCCCUUAUUAUUGGGCCACUUUUUAUGUUAUGGUGACAGAAUUUGAAGAAGGUGGAAUGGCAAUAGGCUUGAGUUGCUCGCAUCUUCUAACUGACCCAUUUAGUGCAACCCUACUUAUAAAGGCCUGGGCCGAUCGAGUACUCUGGGGAAACAUUUCUAUUCCACCCUUCUUUCACCCUCUACCCAAAAGACCAGUGGGCUUUCAGAAAGCCCACCAACAACCCAAUAACCAUUUGAUUAGUCAUUACAAAAGCAUACUAGAAAGCCCAAUCACAAGCCCAUCCACAACUCAAAAGUCUAAAACGGUCGCGUUUGAAUUUUCCGACCACAUGGUCAAAACUUGUAUCAAUCUAGCCCACUUGAAUUGCCCAACUAAUGGGACAUAUCCUUCGCCCUUCGCCCCUCUCGUUGGAAUUCUUUGGGUUUGCAUUAGUCGAGUUAAAGGAGAGACAAGAAACGGGCUUGUAGACAUGUCCAUGGGCUUAGAUAUGAGGAAGACUUUAGGAUUGGACAAAGGGUAUUUUGGUAAUUGCAUGAUUUACACAAAAGUAAAUGGAAAUGGUAUUGGAGUGGAUAAUCCACAAUUAGCAACGAAAUUAACAGGAGAAGCAAUUGAAAAAGUAAACAAAGAGGGAAUUAUUGAUUUAGUUGAAUGGUUGGAUAAUUGCAAUAAUUUCCCACCCCCUUCUUCGUCUGACAAGGGUAAUUUGGUAUUUUUGAACCUGGAGAAUGUGGACCCUUAUUCGGCAGUGUUCAUGGACGGGUACGAACCAAGCAGAAUCAGUUACUACAACGAGUCAUCUAUAGCGGAGAAAGGGAAAAUAUUGGUGCUUCCAUCUCAUCCCAGUGAAGGGAAAUUAAGUAGAAUAGUAAUGGUCACACUUCCAAAUAAUGAAGCAAUUAAGUUAUGUGAAGAUAAACUUCUUGCUAGAUUCUCUCCAACUAUUAUAAUGGGAGCUACAUAAUCCACUAACUAAAUUGGUAAUAUGAUUAUGUUGACAAUAUAUGUAAUAGCAUAAACAUGCAAACUAAAAUGGUUGUUCGCGUGAUUUCUAACAUGGUGGCCUAUGGACAUCCCAAACCCGUCAUCUCGCACGUCUAAAUAAAGCGGUUGUUCUUCCUUUGUUUUCGGAUUCGCUCACUACACUACAACAAUAUAAUGGUGUUUGGAUGAAUUUUACUAUUGAAGUAAGCUCAAAAAAGGUACGGUUGUGGUAUUGUUGUAAACGUGUACGUUAAACAUUUUGAAAACACAAUUUCUUUAACUUAUUUCGCUAUAUAUUUAUAUGUCAAUUAAAGUUUCA